AUGAUGAUGAUGAUGAUGAUGAUGAUGAUGAUGAUGAUGAUGAUGAUGAUGAUGAUGAUGAUGAUGAUGAUGAUGAUGAUGAUGAUGAUGAUGAUGAUGAUGAUGAUGAUGAUGAUGAUGAUGAUGAUGAUGAUGAUGAUGAUGAUGAUGAUGAUGAUGAUGAUGAUGAUGAUGAUGAUGAUGAUGAUGAUGAUGAUGAUGAUGAUGAUGAUGAUGAUGAUGAUGAUGAUGAUGAUGAUGAUGAUGAUGAUGAUGAUGAUGAUGAUGAUGAUGAUGAUGAUGAUGAUGAUGAUGAUGAUGAUGAUGAUGAUGAUGAUGAUGAUGAUGAUGAUGAUGAUGAUGAUGAUGAUGAUGAUGAUGAUGAUGAUGAUGAUGAUGAUGAUGAUGAUGAUGAUGAUGAUGAUGAUGAUGAUGAUGAUGAUGAUGAUGAUGAUGAUGAUGAUGAUGAUGGUGAUGAUGAUGAUGAUGAUGAUGAUGAUGAUGAUGAUGAUGAUGAUGAUGAUGAUGAUGAUGAUGAUGAUGAUGAUGAUGAUGAUGAUGAUGAUGAUGAUGAUGAUGAUGAUGAUGAUGAUGAUGAUGAUGAUGAUGAUGAUGAUGAUGAUGAUGAUGAUGAUGAUGAUGAUGAUGAUGAUGAUGAUGAUGAUGAUGAUGAUGAUGAUGAUGAUGAUGAUGAUGAUGAUGAUGAUGAUGAUGAUGAUGAUGAUGAUGAUGAUGAUGAUGAUGAUGAUGAUGAUGAUGAUGAUGAUGAUGAUGAUGAUGAUGAUGAUGAUGAUGAUGAUGAUGAUGAUGAUGAUGAUGAUGAUGAUGAUGAUGAUGAUGAUGAUGGUGAUGAUGAUGAUGAUGAUGAUGAUGAUGAUGAUGAUGAUGAUGAUGAUGAUGAUGAUGAUGAUGAUGAUGAUGAUGAUGAUGAUGAUGAUGAUGAUGAUGAUGAUGAUGAUGAUGAUGAUGAUGAUGAUGAUGAUGAUGAUGAUGAUGAUGAUGAUGAUGAUGAUGAUGAUGAUGAUGAUGAUGAUGAUGAUGAUGAUGAUGAUGAUGAUGAUGAUGAUGAUGAUGAUGAUGAUGAUGAUGAUGAUGAUGAUGAUGAUGAUGAUGAUGAUGAUGAUGAUGAUGAUGAUGAUGAUGAUGAUGAUGAUGAUGAUGAUGAUGAUGAUGAUUGAUGAUGAUGGUGAUGAUGAUGAUGAUGAUGAUGAUGAUGAUGAUGAUGAUGAUGAUGAUGAUGAUGAUGAUGAUGAUGAUGAUGAUGAUGAUGAUGAUGAUGAUGAUGAUGAUGAUGAUGAUGAUGAUGAUGAUGAUGAUGAUGAUGAUGAUGAUGAUGAUGAUGAUGAUGAUGAUGAUGAUGAUGAUGAUGAUGAUGAUGAUGAUGAUGAUGAUGAUGAUGAUGAUGAUGAUGAUGAUGAUGAUGAUGAUGAUUUGGAUGAUGAUGAUGAUGAUGAUGAUGAUGAUGAUGAUGAUGAUGAUGAUGAUGAUGAUGAUGAUGAUGAUGAUGAUGAUGAUGAUGAUGAUGAUGAUGAUGAUGAUGAUGAUGAUGAUGAUGAUGAUGAUGAUGAUGAUGAUGAUGAUGAUGAUGAUGAUGAUGAUGAUUGGAUGAUGAUGGUGAUGAUGAUGAUGAUGAUGAUGAUGAUGAUGAUGAUGAUGAUGAUGAUGAUGAUGAUGAUGAUGAUGAUGAUGAUGAUGAUGAUGAUGAUGAUGAUGAUGAUGAUGAUGAUGAUGAUGAUGAUGAUGAUGAUGAUGAUGAUGAUGAUGAUGAUGAUGAUGAUGAUGAUGAUGAUGAUGAUGAUGAUGAUGAUGAUGAUGAUGAUGAUGAUGAUGAUGAUGAUGAUGAUGAUGAUGAUGAUGAUGAUGAUGAUGAUGAUGAUGAUGAUGAUGAUGAUGAUGAUGAUGAUGAUGAUGAUGAUGAUGAUGAUGAUGAUGAUGAUGAUUUGGAUGAUGAUGAUGAUGAUGAUGAUGAUGAUGAUGAUGAUGAUGAUGAUGAUGAUGAUGAUGAUGAUGAUGAUGAUGAUGAUGAUGAUGAUGAUGAUGAUGAUGAUGAUGAUGAUGAUGAUGAUGAUGAUGAUGAUGAUGAUGAUGAUGAUGAUGAUGAUGAUGAUGAUGAUGAUGAUGAUGAUGAUGAUGAUGAUGAUGAUGAUGAUGAUGAUGAUGAUGAUGAUGAUGAUGAUGAUGAUGAUGAUGAUGAUGAUGAUGAUGAUGAUGAUGAUGAUGAUGAUGAUGAUGAUGAUGAUGAUGAUGAUGAUGAUGAUGAUGAUGAUGAUGAUGAUGAUGAUGAUGAUGAUGAUGAUGAUGAUGAUGAUGAUGAUGAUGAUGAUGAUGAUGAUGAUGAUGAUGAUGAUGAUGAUGAUGAUGAUGAUGAUGAUGAUGAUUUGA